AUGUCAAAAGGCCUGUUUCUCGCUCGUUCAUUCUACCGAGCUGGGCACAAAGUUAUCGGUCUCGACUUUGAACGGUCCUAUAUCCCCUCCAGCGGACGCUUCUCGAAUGCUCUCUCUUGGCACUAUGAGCUGCCAAACCCAGUCACCAACCAACAGAAAAUGGAAUACAUAGCACAAUUGGUGGAAAUAAUAGAAAGGGACAGGAUAGAUCUCUGGGUCUGUGUGUCCGGAGUGUCGACAACAGUUACUGACGCACUUGCAAAAUCCGAAAUCGAAGCGAAAACCUCCUGCAAGGUGUUUCUAUUCCAACCAGAAACAUGCGAAACACUUCAUGAAAAGAAUCUCUUUAUCCAUAAGGCCGCUUCUAUUGGACUCGAUAUUCCAGAAACAACAACAAUCAGGAGUCAUGAGGAAGCCUUGGCAUUUUUGAAAGGCAAAAAAUCGGAACACUACAUCUUAAAAUCGAUCUGGCUUGAUGAUGUUUCUAGAGGAGAUAUGACAUUGUACCCACGACCAAACUUCGAAGAGACAACAGCCUUGAUUAUGUCAUUAAGUAUUUCGGCUGAUAAACCUUGGAUCUUUCAGGAGUUUAUUCAAGGCGACGAAUAUUGCACUCACGCGGUUGUUGUCAAAGCGGGCUUGGAAAUUUCUCAGAGACUACUGGACUUCACGAGGAUUUACAUCAGCAGCCUAGAAGACGGACAUAUCACAGGGCAGGUGUCGUUUGACAUUAUGGUCAAGAGGAGUGCAGAAGCAAACGCGGAACCAAUAUUAUACCCUAUCGAAUGCAACCCCCGUACUCAUACCGCUGUCGUAUUGUUCAGAAACAUCUCAGAAGCUCUCGCCGAUUGCUACGUCGACUCGUUCAAGAAUUUUGGAAAGGAAGUUUGCAUACCCGAUCCUAUCACUACCGACAGUUUCUACUGGAUCGGACAUGAUGUUGUCACUCUCUUGCUACUCCCCCUCCUCAAUCUCUCUGGAAUUUUAGGUGGCUUACGAGAAUUUACGCUGCACUUUCUUUUCUGGAGAGAUGCAACAUUUGAAUUCUGGGAUCCGCUUCCAUUCUUGUUCCUGUACCACGCCUAUUGGCCUGGAUUGUUUUUGAGAAGUCUUUUGACUGGGAGAAGGUGGAGCAGGGUCAAUGUGAGCACUGGGAGGGUUUUUGAAUACUAA